UUUUUAUUGUAAAAAAUAAAUAAUUCAUUGGCAAACCAUAACAGAAAUAAUCGAUAUUCAGGCGCAUUUAUCAUGUGAUUCUGACUUGAAUAAUAAUGUCUGAACGUUCAAGGCUCCAAAUUAUUGUUACACAUUGUAAAUAAAUUGUCACACAACAAAUUACGGAAAUGUCUUCACCUCGGAGGUCCUACUGCGAACCUCGGUGCAUACGCGUCAAUUGUGUUCCACAUUGUCCGACAUGCCAGCCUCACUAUACUUACGGAUAUGUGCUGAGAAGCAACCUGAAGUCACUCGGUUUGGUCAUAAUCAUUGCCGUUCUAGCUGCUUACGUGGUGCACUGCUGGGAAACCAAUGAAAACAGAAAGGCCUUUCACGAUGUCCAGGAUAAUAUCAAUGGUGUCCACGGUUCAUUGUACCAAAAACUCGAAAAAUUGGAGGGUUCUGAUAGCAUUGAAACCCUUGUGAGAAAAGUGAAUUCUCUUCAAGCGGAUGUUGCAGGAAUCCACAGGACGUUGUCUGUUUUAGGCAAAGAUGAGUGUGGUAAUAACUUGGAUUUAAUGGCACUAAAAGAAGAGAUAAAGUUAUUCGAUUUAGAUAGAACAGGCAGGCCAGAUUUUGCCCUGGAAAAUUCAGGUGGUUGCAUUUUAACAAUAAGAGAUACAGUGACUUAUGCUGAAGGUUCUGGGAAGGUGUCUCUUCUUGGUAUUCCUUUGAUCAACUACAAGCCCGAUCCUAGAUCGAUUAUCCAAAAAAAUGUCUCCCCCGGAGAGUGUUGGGCUUUUCAGGGUGAGAAAGGCACGGCGGUCAUUCAGCUGAUCGACUUCAUCUACGUCACCCACGUCACUCUGGAGCACAUUCCGAAGCAGUUGUCGCCGAACGGCAGGAUAGAUUCCGCUACAAAGACCUUCUCCCUUUCGGGUCUGGAAAAUGUAAGUGACGAGUCACCUCAUAUGUUUGGACAGUUCGAAUACAGAUUGAGCGGCCCUGCUAUUCAGACAUUUGAAGUGACAAAUUACAGUGAAAGGGCGUAUAAAGUUGUAGAAUUCACUGUCCAUUCAAAUCAUGGCAAUCCCAAUUUCACCUGCGUUUAUCGAAUAAGAGUCCACGGCCAAUUGGAGACCUAAAAAUGGGUGUUCAUUGUUUUAUUACUCGAGUAAUAAAAGUUGAAACAAUUUUAUUAAUUA